GAAUACCAUAUUCGUUUCGGUUUGUAUACACGGGGAGGAAGAAAAACUCUGACAAAUAAUGUGUUUUUCACUUCUAUUCUUCGCUGCUGGGUGCUCGCUUUUAGCAGCACUCUGUCUCAGAGUGUGGAUGACUGUACAGCCACGGUGCAGAUUGUUGGUACAGCGCAGGCUCCCAACCAGAUAUAUAUCCAACUAGGAACUGUCUGUGUCGAUUGUGUUGUCAAUGGAGAAGUAGACACUAGCACCACCACUCUCUCACCUUCCA